AUGCUCAUCAACGGUGAAAAGUGGGCUUGCGAGGCCUGUGUGAGGGGUCAUCGUGUGAGCAACUGCCAACACCACGAUCGUCCACUCCAGCACAUUAACAAAAAGGGGCGGCCGGUUUCGCAAUGUCAGCACUGUCGGUCCAUGCGCAAGUAUCGCGCCUCGCACGUCAAGUGCGACUGCGGUGAAAAGACGAGCAAGUGCAUUCACUUGCAAGUAACGGUCGAGGGUCACAAGGAAAGCUGCUGUUGCAACCAUGGCGGUCGCUGUACCUGCUGCCACAAGAAGGAGCAUCCUCAGCUCGAGACCGUCCCCGAGUCUGACUCGGACAAAAGCUGCUCUUCCGUAUCGCGAAGCUGCUCAAAGUCCGCUUCCCGCAGCAGGCGCAGGGCCAACACAACCAACUCGGAUGCCAUGCUCUCUUUCGACGCCAACGGCCAUCACAAGCCCACGUACAAGCAUACCAAGCCCUCGCAGAAGUGCGGUCCUUACACGCUCAGCAGGGGUAACUCCAUGCAUAGCACCACCCCCAGCCUGGGAGCUCGCUCCGUCGAUAACUUGGACGUCAGCGGCAGUGGCCUUGCCAUGCAGCGUGGAGCACAGUCCGAGUCCGCCUCGCCACUUAUGACGGGCUCUUCGACGUUUGCCCAGCUCAACGGACAGCUCCCUCCUUUGGAUCUUUCCAGCAUCAAGUACACCCCAUAUGUCCCCAACAGCGCAGACUUCUUUGGCAGUCUCUCCGACAAUGAUCAGCCCCUGUUCAGCGCCGGUUUGAGCGCUACCUCUGUUGAUUGGAGCCACUACGAGGGUCUCGACUUGGGCAACAAGUCGGUGGACUUUGCUCCGUCCAGCUAUGACCAGGCGCAAAGCUACGGCUCCUUCGAUUACUACGGAUCUGAGUCGCUUUCCACCUUGACCACCAACACAUCCACCUCGGGCGACAUGUCUGAAGUCGAGGACUUUUUGCCAGCUCUGGAUGACUGGGAGACUACAUCUGGUUUCUGUGCCGCUACGUCCGGUAGCGGCUUUGGGUAUGGUCAGCCCCAGCCCAACCUCUACGGUGCUGCUGACCCUUUCCUUGACUUUGAAGAGUUCAAGAUGAUGAAGGCCGGUGCCAAGUUUUUGGCAAACAACUCGUCACUUGGCAGUGAUGAUUCCAAUCUCUUGACGAGUAACUUACCCGAUUUCAGCAACUUUCCCCUUGAGGAUGAUCCGGCUUUCUGGAUCACUCACUACGGCGGUUUGGCCCUCCAAGACCCCGCCCCAGCCGAUGGCACUGUCCACCCGCUUUGGGAUGGCUCAUCAUGACGAGAUCUGAUUUCAAGUCACACCAACAAAGCGAUGUUUCUUGCCUUUCUCGGAUACCCAUGCCCCGUUCUUAGUCUGAAAUACCAAUCCUUCCACAUUUAUAGUCGGUCCCAUACGAUAUCAUGGCCCAAUGAGGCCUGUUCAGUAUCCAAAGGACCAACAUAUGCUCCAACAUGGAGGUGGUGAUGGUAGUUUUAUUUAUGUCGGCGCAGCAGGGAGUUGUUCUUGUGGUAUCUUCUUUUCCUUUCCUGUUUCUUUUGGGUAUUGAAAUGGCACGAACGCGACGAUUUAUUUGACUAUUUGUCUCUACCAGUUGCAUCAAGGCUCGAUUUUGUCUUGUUUGGGUACGAAGGCAUCGCAUAUAUGGCACUGGAGUUGGCGGCACUAUAAAAUAAGAGAGCGAAAACAAAAAGUUGGAAGGAUUUUUGCUAUAUCAUCUUUAUCACAUAUACCAUUUUCCAUUUAUGCA